AUGACAGACGUGGAGAUAAUGAUCGUGCGUAUUGACCACUUUUAUGACCGAGCUAAGUAUGUGUCAAUAGUGCGUGCGUGGAUGCAAGAGCUGAAGAUCGUCAACGGACGUUUGAUUGCUAUGGGCAGUGACCUUCACUUGUUAUUUAUUGUCGCGACCGAGUUGCAAAACUCGAAGUUGUUGAACUUUUACCGCACGAGAGACAUCGACGUUAACAGUCGUGGGGAGCUUUGUAUAGACAGAUUCAUUGAUGUUUUAGGCCGCAGAAAAGUGGCCACUUGUUCUUGCAAAGGGUUUCUCGAAAUGAAUGUGUUGAGCCCGAUGCUUUUACAAAAGUUAUUAGUACACGAGUGGCAAGUGGAACAGGAAUGGCUGGAUGCGGCAUUGACUACAAAACGGACGAAAUCGUUUUUAGAGUGGAAGGAAGCGGCUAAAGCGACGCGAAAGGAGAGACGGAAGAAGGAAGGAAAAGAAAAGUAUGAAGUCAAGAAGAUGAAGCUAGAGGAGGCACAAAAAGAUGAUAAGGAAACAAGUGUAGAGUCUACUGCUGAGUUAGUAAAUUCUGAAACUGAGAGUGGGACAGGAGGAGACAAUAGUGAAGGACAGACUGUCGGGAUGUCAAUAGAGAAGCAGUUAAUGAAGCGAAAGCCAAAGCAAGUGUCGUCAAGGAGCCAAAGGAAGAAGCGUUCUAAAUUGAUGAAUAUAUAA